CUUUAACUGCAGCAGGCUGGCAGCCUCUGGAUGAAUGUGAAGGACCAGCUUCUCUGUGAUUGUACUACACCGACUUUGAGGCAUGAUGAAUUCUAGAAGGACACGACGUAGAACAUCUGGCCGUAGGGUCAACUCUAACUUGAGCCUGUGUUGUUGCCUUCCAUUGUUUGAAUGUCGUCGACGAUCCAAAAAUCAGCAGUCGGCGGACACCCCGCUCUCCCAGCUCCUGAGAUAUCCACCGGUGACGAGGUCAGCGGUCACUGAAUACGGGGCUCGGAGUCUCUUCCGAGGCGGCAGCGAGGAUGCUCAGCAGGCGGGAUGUGUGCUGGUGCUGGAGACGGGCAGCUCCUGUUCGAGUGCUCCUGAAGAGGCGAUGCUACCAUUCGCUGCUCCGGAGGAUACCUGGGACGACCAAGAAAUGGAGGUGUUUGGCAGCAGCGGUGGGGCAUGUGGUGGCGGCGAGCCACAGGAUAUGUUUGCCCCGAAGAUGGCUGAGGUUAUACAAGAACAUGAACAGGAAGAGGUAAAUGAUCUUAAAAUGGUUGAUGAGCCAAUGGAAUAGGGAGAACCAGAAUCUAGCCUGGAUGAAGAUGUUAAAGAAAUCCCUAUUACACAUCAUGUGAAAGAAGGAUAUGAGAAAGCAGAUUCUGCACAGUUUGACCUGCUCAAGGUUCUUGGUCAGGGGUCUUUUGGAAAGGUUUUUCUUGUUAGAAAGAAGACCGGUCCUGAUGCUGGGCAGCUCUAUGCAAUGAAGGUGUUAAGAAAAGCUUGCUUAAAAGUUCGAGACCGUGUUCGCACAAAGAUGGAGAGGGAUAUUCUUGUGGAAGUAAAUCAUCCAUUUAUCGUCAAACUACACUAUGCCUUUCAGACUGAGGGAAAGCUGUAUUUAAUCUUGGAUUUCCUCAGAGGAGGAGAUGUCUUCAGAAGAUUAUCCAAAGAGUGCUUGUAUAAUUUUUACACUCCAAACAGCAGCAUACAAGAAUUUCAGUUGCUUCACAUCCUUGCCAACAAUUUUGGGCUUAGCAAAGAGUCAGUGGAUCAAGAAAAGAAGGCAUACUCAUUUUGUGGCACUAUCAAAUAUAUGGCUCCUGAAGUAGUAAACAGACGAGGCCAUUCUCAGAGUGCUGAUUGGUGGUCAUAUGGUGUACUUAUGUUUGAAAUGCUUACUGGCACUUUGCCGUUUCAAGGUAAAGAUAGAAAUGAGACCAUGAAUAUGAUACUGAAAGCAAAACUUGGAAUGCGUCAAUUUCUUAGUGCUGAAGCACAAAGUCUUUUGAGGAUGUUAUUCAAAAGGAAUCCAGCAAAUAGAUUGGGAUCAGAAGGAGUUGAAGAAGUCAAAAGACAUGCUUUUUUUGCAUCUAUCUGGAAUAAACUAUAUAAAAGAGAAGUUCAGCCUCCUUUCCGACCUGCUUCUGGAAAACCAGAUGAUACUUUUUGUUUUGAUCCUGAAUUUACUGCCAAAACACCUAAAGAUUCUCCUGGUUUGCCAGCCAGUGCAAAUGCUCAUCAGCUCUUCAAAGGAUUCAGCUUUGUUGCAACUUCUAUUGCAGAAGAAUAUAAAAUCACUCCUGUUACAAGUGCAAAUGUAUUACCAGUCGUCCAGAUGAAUGGAAAUGCUGCUCAAUUUAGUGAAGUCUAUGAAUUGAAAGAGGAUAUUGGUGUUGGUUCUUACUCUGUUUGCAAGCGAUGCAUACAUUCAGGUUCCAACAUGGAAUUUGCAGUAAAGAUCAUUGAUAAAAAUAAACGAGAUCCUUCUGAAGAAAUUGACAUUCUUAUGCGUUAUGGACAACAUCCCAACAUUAUCACUUUAAAGGCUGUCUUUGAUAAUGGGAGAUAUGUUUACCUUGUUACGGAUUUGAUGAAAGGAGGAGAACUACUGGAUCGUAUUCUCAAAAAAAAGUGUUUCUCAGAACAGGAAGCUAGUGAUGUAAUAACACUAGUGUAUGUAAUAACAAAGACAGUUGAAUAUCUUCAUUGUCAAGGAGUUGUUCAUCGUGAUCUUAAGCCCAGUAAUAUUUUGUACAUGGAUGAAUCAGCCAAUGCAGAUUCAAUUAAGAUCUGUGAUUUUGGGUUUGCAAAACAGCUUCGAGGAGAAAAUGGACUUCUGUUAACUCCGUGCUACACUGCAAACUUUGUAGCACCUGAGGUUCUCACUCAACAGGGAUAUGAUGCUGCUUGUGAUAUUUGGAGUUUAGGAGUCCUAUUUUACACUAUGUUGGCUGGCUACACUCCAUUUUCCAAUGGACCCAAUGAUACUCCUGAAGAAAUACUCCUGCGUAUAGGCAAUGGGAAGUUCUCUUUGAGUGGUGGAAACUGGGACAAUAUUUCAGAUGGAGCUAAGGAUUUGCUUUCUCAUAUGCUUCAUAUGGACCCACGUCAGCGUUAUACUGCUGAACAAGUAUUAAAACACUCUUGGAUAACCCAGAGAGAACAUUUGCCGAGGGAUCAGCCAAAGACAAAUGAUGCAUCACAUGUUGUUACGGAAGCAAUGGUUGCAACAUAUUCUGCCUUGACUCCCAAGUCUUUCCAACCAAUUCUAGAGCCUGUUGCUGCUUCAAGUUUAGCUCAGAGACGGAGCAUGAAAAAGCGAACAUCCACUGGCUUGUAA